AUGUUCGGCCUCAAGUCCACCCUUAUCCUGGCCCUGGCAGCCCUUUCCGCCGCGACUAGCAGCGACAGCGCUGUCAUUAGCCCGCGCCAGGCUUCUGCUGUGACUUGCGGCAGCAAUCGCUACAGUAGCACGCAGGUUCAGGCCGCUGUCGACGAGGGCUGCAGGCUCAACGCGGCCGGAAGCACCGUUGGCAGCAACGACUACCCGCACCGCUUCAACAAUAGGGAGAAUCUGCCUUUCUCCAUCUCUGGUCCUUACCAGGAGUUUCCCAUUCUGACAAACAACAGGCUUUACACAGGCGGCUCUCCUGGUGCUGACAGGGUCGCUUUUACAACCCCGAGCAACGGCCGUUGCGCCUUUGCUGGCGCUAUGACACACACUGGCGCGUCGGGCAACAACUUUGUCAUCUGUCAGGGCUCCGCAUCCGUGAGCGACGAGACCGCCUCUCCCUCCACGACCGAGAAGCGAACCGACUCGGGAGCGGCCAUCUCGGCCGCCGGCCUUAGUGGUGUCGCGAUGCCUAUUGUCGCCGCUGUGCUCGCUCUUAUGUGA